AUGGCAGACGAAGUCAUCGAGCUCGAGGGGAAGCCAGCGCCUGAGCAGGAGGCCGUUGUCAUCGACGAGAAGAGAGAGAAAGCAUUGAUUGCGAAGAUUGACAGGCACAUCGUCCCGUUUCUCGUUGGCCUGUAUCUGUUCAGCUUCCUCGAUCGAGUGAAUAUUGGAAAUGCCAGGCUGUACGGCCUCGAAGAGGACCUGGGGCUGAAAGGAAACCAGUAUCAGAUUGCUGUGUCCAUCCUCUUCAUCCCAUACUGUCAAGGACAGCUCCUCGAAGUCCCCUCGAACCUGUUCAUCCGCCGAUUCACUGCCUCCCGAUACAUCUCAGUCAUAACGACGAUAUGGGGUCUCGUGGCCACGCUGUCGGGAGUCACCCAGAACUUCGCCGGCAUGGUUGUCUGCCGGUUCAUCUUGGGCGCUGUUGAGGCUGGCCUGUUCCCCGGCCUGAUCGCUUACAUGACGCUCUUCUACGGGAAAAGGGAGAUCGCCCUACGAGUAGGAUAUCUCUUCAGUGCCGCUGCCGCCGCCGGUGCGUGCGGUGGCCUUCUAGCGUAUGCCAUCGGGUUUCUGGAUGGCACCGCUGGCCUCAAGGGAUGGCGGUGGAUCAUGAUCCUUGAAGGUAUCCCAUCGUUCUUGAUCGGAAUAGCCACAUGGUUUGGGCUCGCAGAUGACCCAGAUACGGCUUACUACCUUACUGAAGAAGAAAAGGAGAUUGGGAGAGCCCGUCGAAGACGUGAGAUCGGCCAGACGGACUCCGCGCAGCUGUUCCAUGUUGCCGAUGCAAAGGAGGGCGCAAAGGACUGGACCAUCUAUCUCUUCUGCCUUGGCCAGUUCGGCACCGACGCCGUGCUAUACGGGUACAGUACCUUCUUGCCAACCAUCAUCAAAGCCUUCGGAGACUGGACUGGCCCCCAGGUGCAGGCGUUGACCAUCCCAUGCUAUGCUCUGGGUGCAAUCACAUAUCUCAUCAUUGCUUGGUUCAGUGAUCGAUGGCAGAAGAGAGCAGUCUUCACCAUAGCCUUCACCUGCGUUACCAUACUGGGAUAUGGCUUGUUGAUCUCUGACACCUCCUCGGGCGUACACUACUUUGGCUGCUUCCUCGUCGCCUGUGGUGUCUAUGUUGCUGUCGGACUUCCUACCGCCUGGCUGCCAACAAACCUUCCCCGAUUCGGCAAGCGUGCAUUCGCUACCGGCCUGCAGCUCACUCUGGGAAACACAUCCGGCAUCGUCACCCCGUUCCUGUACCCUCACCAUACCGCUCCUCGCUAUGUCAUGGGCCAUGCCGUCACUCUGGCACUAGCGGGCCUUUCCGUCUUGAUCUAUGGUUUCAUGUGGUUCCAUUAUUCUCGCAUCAACAAGGCUCGUGCAGAGGGUAAGGAAGACUACAAGAUCGAAGGCAUGACCCACGAAGAAGUACAGGAAAUGGGUGAUCGUAACCCUCAGUUCAGAUACAGCACCUAA